AUGCCCAACGGAUAUCGAAGUCAGCCAAUAACAGGAUUUACUGGAUAUAUUCCUGGAGCGAAAUGGCAGGUUGGUAGCAAAUAUGUGCCGCCGAGCUAUUCCAACGCGGAACGGGUAAUGAAUGAUGAUCGAAUGGAGCUGGAGCAAGCUCGAACACGCGGUUCGGACGGAUAUGAUAAAAUGUCAAGUAGCGACACAAAUACUAUGAAGAAUUUUUCGGAAAUGUCCAAUGAAGAACUACGUGAACAAUUGCAACAGAUGCAAAUGAAUAUGCAACAACUUCAAUUGGCAAUGAGCGCCCAACGCGAAGAGAGACCUAUUGAACGCGAUAUACCUGGAAAUGCAAGAAGCUCGCGUCGAGUGGAGAGAAUGGAUGAGCAAAGCAAACAACGAAGCAAAAGUGUUCCGAAAAAAGUCGAAAGCAAUCCAUUUGAUGGUGUAGAAAGUGGCUGGUGGAGUAAAGGAGAAGUUCAAAGGAAUAAGGAGCGACGCGAAAUUGCCGACAGCGGGUACACCAUUUCAGGAGGCAAUUUCGAACAACGCCCGCCGAGUAGAAAACGGCAAUCGAGGCGGUUUGAAAUGGCAGAUAGCGAGGAGAAUGAUAUACCCGCCGCCGGGUACAGCGGACAUAUCCAAGGACUCCGCCAAAUUGGUGUUGGAAAGUCGUUCAACACCGCUGCCAAACAAGCAAAAAAAGAGUAUAUUGAAAGACGGCGGACUUAUAGUGGAAGCCGUGAUAUUCUCAAUAAUCGGAUGAGGGGCGUUCAGUAUAGCGAUGAGGAAGUCCUUAAUAACACCGUCAAGCUUCCCGAUAAUCGGUUUUAA